AUGCCUCAGGGAAGCUCCGUUGCACAGUCGUGGUUCACCAUGGUCAUCAACGAAGUGGUUAAAGGCCACACCAUCUCCCCUGCGGGUGUUAGUCCUCGUGCCGAUAAAGUCGAAGCCCUCUCAAAAAUUCCGCUGCCAACCAACGUCAAGCAGCUGCGUUCCUUGCUGGGUGGGCUUUCGUAUUACCGCAAAUUCAUCAAGGGUUUGGCCGUGCGCGUGAAACCACUCACCGACCUUUUGCGUGAGGACGCGAAGUUUUGUUUUAGGCCGGCUAUGGCAGAUACUGUCAAAGAACUCUUGGCGAAACUGUCCGAAGCUCCGGUUUUGGCUUUCCCGGAUUGUCGACGGGCGGGUAUGUAUGCCGCUAUCAAGGCGGAAUUUUCCGCUAAGGGAACGGCUAACAUUUUCGUCAACCGCUGCAUGGCAUUGUGGGGUUUUAAGGUGACUCUUCUUUUGGAUAACGGCAUGCAUUGUUGUUCCAAGUUGUCCAUGGCUAUUUACGAGCUGAUGAAGAUCACGAAAGUCACCACCAAUUCGUACCACCCCCAAACUAACGGUGGGAUCGAGCGUGUGAACCACACAAUGGCCCAAAUGCUCGCUGUCGUGGAAUACAGAAAACACUUUUUCUUUACUGGUCCGGUAACGCUAGUCAGCGCGUUCAAGGGAACCGAGCUUAUCGUAUUGCUCGAAUCGCUUCGGCCGACCGAGAACUUGCUCGGAAUCAGGCCGAACGUUUCAUUGCUCCCGGGUCUCACCAGGGCGAGAGAUCUCCCCCCGCCCCCCUGGUUGUUCACUCUCCACCUCAAGUGUGAAAGCGGCGGCAAGAAAACUACAUCCAACUGCGUUGAAGCGGGCGCCCGAAGAGUCAUGGCUGAAGCCUACCUAUGCAUUCAGCUGGCAUCGGCGUUGUUCUUUGCCGGGCGGUGGGCGGCGAAUCGAUAUUCUGCUCACCGCCGACGGGAGACUGUAGAUGACAAUAAACCGGGCGCAGGCUACACCAGCGUGGAUAUAAACGUCGAGGUCGGUCUCGAGUGCGACACCGUGGAAGGCGCGAUCAUGGCGGUUGGGACGGAACUGGCCAUGAAGGCGCACAGAAAGUUUUUCGGGUCAAGAACGCUGCGCCAGCGGGCCAUUACCGGCUUGUCACCAGAGUUCGCCACACACCGACGUCAGAUGCAGCUUGGUCUUUCGGAGCUGGCCGCCAGACAAGGGCGCACCAGUCAGGCUCUAGCGGAAGGGUUUUUGGACGUGCGGGGCGACUUGCGUGAUUUGUCGGAAACUGCUGCGAGCCAACAAUCGGCCAUUCAGGCCGUAGCGGACGAACUUGUUGGCGUUGGCAACGACUUUCGUUACGGCACAGAUCAGCUGGUCAAAGGUGUGGCUGCCGUGCGAACGGAUCUGGACACCGUUAUCGAGAACAUGGAGGGAGUGCGGGAAGAGGUCGUGACAGGGUUACAGGAGGUAAACCACACUGUGCGUCAGGGGACGGCAGUGAUUUACAGGUCCCUGCAGGACUUGCGAUGCGAUAUGGGCGAGCUCCAAUUGUCCAUGGACCAGGCUCGAGAAGAAAACUCCCAUUAUUUCCAGGACAUAUCAUCGAGACUGAACGACGUCAAGUUGGGGCUGAUCGCCUUGGAAGCGACCUACGUGAUGCGGGAGCAGCAAAAGGAACUAUCAAAACUCCAGAAUUCGUUGAGCGAGGCCGGGAUAUACCUCAACCAGUUUACAGGUACCGGCGGGGGAGACCUUGGACUCCUUGACAAGGCACACACCUGCUGCUGCAAGGUACUUAGGCUAAGGCCUCAUCUGGACACCCUGGAUGCCCAUAAAAUGGCCGGGAUCAUCAUGGUAGCAACCAGUUACAGAAAGCACGCCCAGCUAAAGCCUCCGGUCACCGCCAAGCAGUACGUUUUCGACUCCGAUUUCCUGAACAUCACGAACUUGUUGAAACCUUUCUGGGCCGACCACGCCGCGGCGCACACACCCACCUGGAGCAACGUCGUGCGCUACCUGCUGGAGCUCUCCUCGUCAAUCUGCCUGCUCCCACCGGAGGGCCUUGUCCUCGGCGAGCUGGACCCUGGCCUUGUAGAAGCGUUCGGGGAGCUGUGUUGCUCGCAACCCUCCCUGCUCGACCGCUUCCCGGAAGUGGGAGGGGCGGCAUGGAGGUCUCUCCUUCAGGCUAAGCCCCUCGACGAGCUCUGCCGCACGUCAAACGCCGCGGAAGUGGACAUAUCCUUGUGCAACAACAAGGCAGACCUCAUCCAAGCUCUGCUUGACGCGGGGAAGCCCUUGGGUGCGUUGACCCAAGUCAUUGACAACGGUGGGUACAAAACUUGCUGCCACCGAAAGCCGGAUAGUUCCGACGAAGUGAUCGGGAACGAUCGGAACAGCGCUUACGGCGACGGUGAGGUGUAUGAGUCUGAGGAAUCGAAGCUAGCGGCAAGCUUAGCGUCCGUGUACGAGAACAAGAGUUCGCCAAGACUUGACCCCAGAGCCGAGCCCAGCGACACGGCGGCUAGCGACAUGGAAGAUUUUCUAGCGAGAUGCCCAGCAUGGUAAAAAGCGCCACAGGCGCUGCCGAAGGUCAAAGCGCCCACCGUGCAACCAAUGUAGGAUAAAACCGCCUCUGGAAGCGCAAGCUUCUCUUUCCUUCGAGACGGUCGCGCUCAGAUUAGCACAAGGUAGUGUGGUGAGGGCAUGUGUUUUACCCCUGUUAGCCCAGGGCCAGGUCUACUCAUGGAGGAGGAGUGAUCGGUGCAGAUUUAAGUCCACCCCCCUUAAAGUUGAUCUUUCGUUCGAGGCUCGCGUGUACCAGCAUGCAGCGGGGGUAGAGCCUGGCCGGCCAAAGCAAGGCAUGGAAUAUUCCGGCAUAGUACGGAUAUGAGGGGUACGUUUCUUUGAUUGCUUGUCGGCAAAAUGCAGAAUUCAGGUGUCACGCGUGCCUUGAUCUUUGCAACAUAUCCGACCUAUGCAUAGACGGGGAGAAAUACUAGAUUAUCAAAUAUCGUGACGUGAUGUUCUCGAUGCGCGUGAUUUUGGUCUUGUACGUAUGAUUUAUUUCUCGAUCUCGCGUUAUUUUGGUUUUGUACGCAUGAUCUAAUUCUCGGUCUCUUGUGUCGAGUGGGAACGGCGGGGUCUGCGUCCGUAUUCAUUUUGUGCUAUCUCGCUUUGUCCGACAUGUCAUGUACGUGCUAUCGUCAGGCGGCGACGGAUGAACAUCUCAACAUUUGUAUUUAGUAAAUGAUGCCACAUGAAGGUCGAGCAGAACACCGAAAAAGCCACGGCCUCGAGGCUCAUCUCCCAGCCUGAGUGAGUGACUCUGUCAUUCAUGUACACCCAAUUCUAAUACCACCACCACGAUGUUCCCUCCAUCGUGCAAGAAUAGGAAGUUUCGUGGUGUAGGCAGUGCCACCUUCCACGUGCCUUUUCUCUGUCUUAUCGUCCUGUGGUCAGCUACAGUACGACGGGAUUUACCGUGCUUUUCCGCAUCGCGUCAAGGACGAAACACGCGCGACGCUGUUGGAGGUAAGCGACACAAGACACGCACUUGUUCGGGCUGUAUACUACUAUGUAAUAGGUUUGUGCACAAUGCGGGUA